GCCUCAAAAAUCAUAUCCACCUUUAUUAUUAUUAUUCAAAGUAAACGAACACCCUGUACGAGGGUUGAGGCAGCCGGCUUGGCACGAGCCAGGGCGCACACCCUCCGUCAGUCCACUCCCGACCGCCCUGCAGCGCGGACCGCGCACCCCUAGCCCAAAAAAUACGAAACUAAACUUUUCACAACCCUAUUUUAAAAAUAAAAAUAAUUUAAAAAAGUGUCGAUAAAAAUUUUAAACAGCCAGCUACAUUCUUUUCUAAAUUCAAUCUUUAAAUUUAAAAAAGUUGAUAAACUUUUUAAAAGUGUAGGGGUGUCGCCGGCUGAGUCAGCGAGGAGCGAUACAGAUAAAAUAUAUAAAUGGAGGAAAAUGUUUCCUGCUUUUGCAAAGACUUCCUCUGAGUAAUAUGGAAGCCACGUUACCAAAUUUUCACCGGUUGUCGACAUCAAGAUUUUACCAACAGUAUGCUGCGCCACCAGUCCGUAUAUCCACCAACUAUCUCCAUGACCUGAUCCCACAACAGCAUCCGACCCUCCUACAGCAAUAUUUAGCCUAUUACAAUGAACCUCUCGUCCCGCUUGAUCUAUCCCUUAAAUCUACUAUCCCUAUUACACCUCCUUGCACACCUCCGCCACCGCAAAAAAGAAAAUCUCCAGAUGAAACCAAACACCCAAAAUCACCUAAAAUAUUCAGACAUUUUGAGGACAAUGACACCAAAGAGGAAACUGAUUCUAAAUCAGAGAAAAGAAAAGUUCUCGAAGAAAACUCCAACGACAGCGAUAGUCCGGAGGCGAAAAAGCUUAAAUUUACCAAACAAUUUUUCGAAGAACUUAAAACUUGUUUGCCGGUUGAAAACGAAACACCAACAAAAAGCGAAAGAAGUUCUCCGGAAGUUGUUGAAGUCAAAGAUGUUGAAGAGCGUCCGAAAAAAUCCGGGAAACCAACGCAACCAUUAAAAAAGAGCAAAGCAGUGCGAAGGUUGAUGUUCGAUGAAGACAAGACAUCUCCCGUCUCCGGAACUAUUAUAAGAGAUCUAGCCGAAGAUGAGACUUUAGUCGUCCGCAAGGGCGACAUAGACCCCGCAUUCAACGUGGUGGAGGUGACGGAUGAGGCCAAGGCGCUGAUAGCGAGCAUAGACAACCGCCUGGGCCGGUACAUCUGCCGGUUAUGCCGACGGCUGUAUGGGGAUGCGUUUGCGUUGGCGCAGCACCGAUGCUCGAGGAUCGUGCAUAUCGAGUACCGGUGCCCUGAGUGUGAUAAGGUGUUCAACUGCCCCGCAAACCUGGCGUCUCACCGCCGCUGGCACAAGCCGCGCGUGCCCGGCGCGGCAAAACGCCGCGAGCCGCCGACGUCAGAACCUGGGCGGUUCCCGUGCCAACAGUGCGGCAAGCUGUUCAGACGACAGGCGUAUCUCAGGAAGCAUAUGCUGGCGCAUGACCAGCCUGAGGAGAAAGAACCGUCGGCGUUCAAGCAAGUGCGCUCCGAGUUCCCGGCGGCGUAUCAACCGCAGGAAGCCCGCGAUAACAACUUCAACACCUUCUGGAACAAGAUCCCCGCACCAGCGCAGGACUUCAAUUGGGAGCGUCGCUGCGCGUCCUCCUGCUCGUCCGAGGACUCGCGAAGCCUGGACGUGACGGGGUCCGAGGAUGAGGACGGCGGCGGGGACGGCUGACGACGAGUGCUGCGGCCCGUGCCGCGGUUCCCCGUCUACACUGCGAACAUGUACCCGUAUCAGUAUGUGCAUGAUAAUCCGCAGAUGUACUUUUCUUAAGGACUUGAGAAAGUUCAAGUAUACCUAUAUGAUGCCGAGCGGCAUCACGCGGUUAAGCGUUUCUGCGGUAAACAAACGGUGAUUAUGAAUGUGGAUGGCAAUCGCUUCAACUUCAACGUACGUAUGGGUUCUGGAAAAUUGCGUUGAUGACAUUUUAAAACUUGAAAACUCCUUCACAAGCCUCGGAAUAAAAAAUACAUCCAGUAAGUGGUACUUAGUUCUUAGUUCCAUAUUAAACUAAAAAAAUAUAUUUCAAAAAUGCAAUGUGUAUAGAUACUAAUUAUUCUAAUUCAACAGCCUAUAGUCAAAAUCAUUAGUCAUCACAAUAUGGAAAUGUCAUUCAACAUUUACUAAGUUUUGCAUAAAUUUCACCAGUCCUUAAUUGAUCGUUAUAAUGUAUUCGCACGCUUAAAUAGGUAUAAGUAUUACUUUAUAAAAUUAUUUAUUUUUUAUAUUAAUAACAAUAAAUUCUCUAAUAUAUAGUUUGUAUUUUAGGUGUACAUAAAUAGUAGUUCGGUGUGAUUUAGGUAACUUUAGUCUAAUACAUAAAAAAAUAGUUUAAUUGUAAAUAUUUAAGAUCUCCUACAGCAACAUUCCAAAUUAUUAUGGCGUGAAAUGUUAAACAAUUCACGUGAAUUAUACAUAUCUUUAGACUUAAGAAGAAUUGAUAAAAUAUAGAACAACUUAAGCAAACAAAUAGUAUACGAACGAGGCCGCCGAACG